GUUACUGACUUUUUUAUGUCACAUUGGUUUUUUGGCGAUCACGUGAGAUAAACACCUCCUUUUUCAUUUAUGACUUUUUUGCUUCACAUUAUACGAAAAUUAUUUCAAAAUCGGUCACUGCAGCUAUAUAAUAUCUGACGAAUGAGCACUAAUAUCAUAGUUGCUCUUGACUUCAAUCAGUGUGCAGUGUCACUUAUAGCUCCUCAAAAACACCAUGUACAAGUUCAUCGCCCUCUUCGCCCUCGUGGCCGCCGUGAGCGCCCAAUACGGACACCAGGAAUCUUCCUACGGCCAUCACGAGCCAUCCUACCCCUCUGAGCCAAUCAAGUACCAGUACAAAUACGAGGUCAACGACCCCCACACCCACGACAUCAAGAGCCAGGAAGAAAGCGGAGACGGACACUACGUCAAGGGCUACUACAAGCUCGUCGAACCCUACGGUGGAGAGCGCAUCGUCCACUACUCCGACGAUGGACACGGAUUCGUCGCUCAUGUCCAGACCGCCCACAUCUCCCAUCCCCAGGAAUACAAGAAACCCAGCUACGGCCACUCUGCCCCAUCCUACCACUGAAUAACUUAUAUUCACAAAUGAGUCUACCCUCCGUCCAAUAUGUGUAAUAGCGAAAUGCUAGCUAGUCAACUGGUCGAACGAAAGCACGACAUGCAAAGGGAGUCUAUCUGCGAGACUUCUAGGUAAAGUCGUUUUCGUUUCGAAGUUAACUUGUAUGAGAGCUGGUGUGCUCUGGUGCUCCAAUGACCGUAUUAUGCUAAUCGAGCAAACUUAUUUAAUUUUUUGAAGAGGAGAUUUUAAGCGAAAGCCGUACAAGCACUGAUGACCAAACUGCCAAAUUUAUUGUUUCAUUUGUAAAUAUAGUUUUAUGAAAUACAAGAAAUAAAAGUAAAACAAUUCAA